ACUCAAGGUAGCGGCCUUGCUUAUGUGGCCGAUUUUCCACUUCGUGUCCACAACUUCUACCACAUCCACCGCUACAAUUCAAACCAUUUUGAGUACUGAUAUAUGAGUACUAAUCCACAUGAUUUAACAGUGGCAUAUUCAAAAUUCACCACUUCGCGUCCACAACUUCUACAGUUUUACCACAUCCACCGACACAUCAGUAACCAUUUUGAGCCGGCUCUGAUUCCAGGAGCUAGAGAACGCUUCACUUCAAUGUAUUCGAUGCAUCUGUGGUUUAAUUCUGGAGGAAGACUGGGUACAAAUGCUGUUUCUGUUGAUGGUGGGUUUCCUUCGUUUAUACCUGAGGAAGUUAAAGAAAUCAAGGAUCCGUUUGCUCGAGCUUUGGCUCAGAGGAUUCAAAGACUUCCUGUAAAGCUGCAGGUUGGAUUUUCUGAGAGUUGUAUAAUGAGCAGCUGUGUGAAGCCAAGGUUUCAACGUGAUACCAAUCCAGCUGUCCUCCUCCAUUGUUUCGACAGCUCUUGUUUAGAAUGGAGACGCACAUACCCAUUACUUGAGGACGCUGCAGUGGAGACUUGGGCAAUUGACAUUCUUGGAUGGGGUUUCUCCGACCUAGAAAGACUUCCUCCCUGUGACGCGGCAUCCAAAAGAUAUCACCUUUACCAGCUUUGGAGGACUCACAUCCAACGACCAAUGAUAUUAGUCGGACCAAGCCUUGGUGCUGCAGUCGCGAUUGACUUUGCUGUCAACUUUCCAGAAGCUGUUGAUAAGCUGAUUUUGAUUGGUGCAAGUGUUCAUGUUGAAGGCACAGGGCUUCUGACAAAGCUACCCAAAUUUUUAGCAUAUGCUGGGGUCUCUUUGUUGAAAAGCCUCCCACUGCGGCUGUUUGCAAAUUUACUAGCUUUUGAUGAUAUAUCCUUGUCAACAUGCUUUGAUUGGACCAAUGUUGGCCGCCUACACUGUCUUUUGCCUUGGUGGGAAGAUGCUACAGUGAAUUACAUGCUUAGUGGUGGCUACAAUGUUGUUAAUCAAAUAAAGCAGGUGAACAAGAGAGUUCUUAUCAUCUGGGGAGAGUGUGAUAACAUUGUCAGCAAUAAGCUUGCAGUGUGGAGGCAAUUUCAUAUAAGUUUGGGCACAAAGCUACAGUUGCCGCCACUGACUCCACUUUGUCUCUGUCGCCAUCCCGGCCUCCAGCCUCCGGGGAGGUGGGCGAGAAAAGGUGGGAUUGAUCGUUCAAGAAGUAAAACACUCGUUUUCAACUCUUCCUGCAUGUUGCAUAAAUUGCAGAGGCUGCAUAGUGAAUUGCCAGAUGCGACUAUCCGCCAGAUACCUGAUUGUGGUCAUCUCCCGCAUGUUGAGAAGCCUGAGAUGGUUGCGAGGUUAAUCGCGGAUUUUGCUCUGUCCGGCACACGUAAAGAGGAGCAGAAUCCAAUUGUCUUGAACUCGGCUGGGGAGAAAAACACAUCGUCGUUCAUAUGCUAAAAGCCGCAAAAGCUUAGGGAGCAUUUUAGACUAACAGUCUAGCGCAGGCUUUAUGCAAGUAGAAUGAUAGUACUAGUACAACCUGUAAUGGCUUGUCUAAUUAUGGAUUGCUGGAUUCAUUUAGCCGUCUCUAUGAAGUAAAAAACAGAUAAAAGUACCAGAGUAAUGAUAUAUAUCACCGGUGUAUCACCUCCUGCAUGCAUGUCUAUGUAGGAUAUGCCCCAUGUCAACGAUUAAAUUUAUAUAUUUUUCGAUUUAGAAACA